UAAAAAAUAGAGAAUUCAUGAUGGGCCAUCAGAAUCACACUUUCAGCAGUGAUUUCUUACUUUUGGGAUUGUUCUCUUCUUCCCCAACAAGUGUGGUCUUCUUCUUAGUUUUAUUUGUCAUUUUCAUUAUGAGUGUAACAGAAAAUACGCUCAUGAUCCUCCUCAUUCGCAGUGACUCCCGACUCCACACUCCAAUGUAUUUUCUGCUCAGCCAUCUCUCCUUAAUGGAUAUCUUGCAUGUUUCCAACAUCGUUCCCAAAAUGGUCACUAACUUUCUGUCAGGCAGCAGAACUAUUUCAUUUGCAGGUUGUGGGUUCCAGGUAUUUCUGUCCCUCACCCUCCUGGGUGGUGAGUGCCUUCUCCUGGCUGCAAUGUCCUGUGAUCGCUAUGUGGCUAUCUGUCACCCGCUGCGCUAUCCGAUUCUUAUGAAGGAGUAUGCCAGCGCUCUCAUGGCUGGAGGCUCCUGGCUCAUUGGGGUUUUCAACUCCACAGUCCACACAGCUUAUGCACUGCAGUUUCCCUUCUGUGGCUCUAGGGCAAUUGAUCACUUCUUCUGUGAAGUCCCUGCCAUGUUAAAGUUGUCCUGUGCAGACACGACACGCUAUGAACGAGGGGUUUGUGUAAGUGCUGUGAUCUUCCUGCUGAUCCCUUUCUCCUUGAUCUCUGCUUCUUAUGGCCAAAUUAUUCUUACUGUCCUCCAGAUGAAAUCAUCAGAGGCAAGGAAAAAGUCAUUUUCCACUUGUUCCUUCCACAUGAUUGUGGUCACGAUGUACUAUGGGCCAUUCAUUUUUACAUAUAUGAGACCUAAAUCAUACCACACUCCAGGCCAGGAUAAGUUCCUGGCAAUAUUCUAUACGAUCCUCACGCCCACACUCAACCCUUUCAUCUACAGCUUUAGGAAUAAAGAUGUUCUGGCGGCCAUGAAAAAUAUGCUCAAAAGUAACUUUCUACAUAAAAAAUGA